AUGAGAGAAAACGGGUUGAGACUUGCUCCUGAGAAGUCCGAGUGCGUCGUGCUCACAAGCAAGCACGCAUACUCACUGCCACAGCUGCACAUAGAGGGCUUCCAAGUGCCAACGAAAAGAGCCAUCAGAUAUCUCGGAGUGCAGCUGGAUACCAGACUGUCUUUCGUGGAGCACGUCACCACAGUCGCUGCGGGGGCCAGAAGAGCGGCGGCCGCGAUCGGAAGGCUGAUGCCGAACGUGCGUGGACCCUCCCAGUCGAAACGCAGUCUGUUAAUGAGCGUUGUGCACUCCAGACUGCUGUACGGCGCCCAAGUAUGGGCCGACAGAGUUCAAGGCGUGGCGAAAGCGAGAGAAUCAUUGUCAAUGGCUCAGAGGACAGCCGCCCUGAGAGUAGCCAGGUGCUACCGCACGGUGUCGGACGUGGCAGCACAAGUACUUGCGAGAAUGCCCCCCGCCUUCCUCCUGGCACUGGAGAGGAAGCGAGUUGGCGAGUCCAGGAAGAUGGGCGUGCACUUAUCCAAGUCGGCUGCACGUGAAGAGACCAUAAGACAAUGGCAGGUGCACUGGGACUCCACGUCUAAGGGGGCAUGGACUAAAAGGCUGAUACAGAUGGUGGCAUUAUGGACCGAAGUAGUUGACUUUCAACAUGACGCAGGCCCUUACCAACCAUGGCUGCUUUCAGAAGUACCUACACUCAAAGCAGAGAGCCCAGCAGCCACUGUGCGUACACUAUGA